UUGAAGUAUUGAGGUAUUGGGUGAAGCAUUGAGAGCUAUCGGCAUGGAAUUGUCAAUGCUCGCCUAGUAAUAGUAUUGUGCCGGGUUUUCGGCUUUAUCCUCUUCCCAGCGUCAUGGGAAAUUCGAUCUCCGCCGAAGCUCCAUGGAGGGGUCACCGAACAUCUCAGAAGCUAUCGAAACCUAAGAUAGGUAAUCCUACUGCAGCUGGCCUGUUGAAUACCAAUGGCGACUCAAAUUCAGCGUGCCAUUCCUCGGCGGCGAGACGUACCUCGCUUCCCCAAGCUCCUAUACUUGCAGCCCCGCCAUCGCUCCCUGAGAAAGACCCUGUCGUAUCAGUAAGCGUACCCUCUAGCGAGAAAGGACUGGACUUAGGGCAUCGCAUUUCGAGGAGGCUCUUCCGUUCCAAUACCUCCAAAGAGACGCCCCGACAUCAACGGAGAAGUAACUGCGUCGAGGUAUCAGAUCUUUCGCAAGAGCGUUGGGCAACCCGGGCAGGAUCUCAGGGGGAUGGAUUUGAGAGAGGGUAUAACUAUAGUCAACCUCCUGUCCCAGUGAGCUUGUCUAUGAGCACAUCGCGCACUUCAUUUAACUAUGACCCUUUCUCUUACGAGGCUCAGCGCUUAUCAAAUCUUGUUAGCGAACCGUCCCGCGAAGAUAGUUCACUUGCUUUGGAGAAUCGAACACACGUUUAUGAAGCAAUGCGGGGCGACGUCUGGGGUCGACGGCCGUCAAUACCCGAAGUGACUCCGUCAAUAACUCAUAGUAGUUCUGACAUCUCUCUAUAUACUCCUAUGCGAAGAAGAUCUUUUAUGACUCCCGGCGUUGCUACUCGUGAAGUGCUGGUAGAUUCGACCUUACCAAAGAUUAAGUCGAGAUACAGUCUCCCCUCAACUCCGGCCCGCCGAAAUUCUAUGGAAUUAAUGGAUGUUGGGACAAUCGAGGCGCCUCCUGGUUUAGCCAUUUCAGAUCCCGCACCUCGUGCGCUAACACCUUGUGAGGCGGAAUAUACACAGACGGGCGCUUUUAAAUUUGGCACUCUCCGAAUUACAAACGGUAGCCCGGCGAGGAGUCCGGCACGAAGUUUAAGCCCUGUCCGAGAUUCAAGUGGUGAUAUCAGACAAGAAGAGGCUGAGGAAUUGGCGGUGAAUCGUACAACAGAAGAUUAUUUUGGAACGGCUCCCACCGGACACAGUCAGACGAGAAACUCCGAGACUUCACUUCCCAAAGUUGAAGGUCAAAACGUGGAGAACUCUUUGAGCCCGCCUAGCAGCUCUAAUACAGAAGCAGUGACCUCUGCGUGUUCUAUUUCGUCUCUAGGGUCUUCCGAGCUUACAACUGAGCAUCAGAUAAGUCUACCGCUGUUUAAUGAUGGGAAGCCGAACAUCCUAGAUGUUCACGUAACUAGUAAACAUACGGCUAUGGAGGAUAAACUAUUUGAUGACGAACCGGAUGAAUAUUCGUCGGUGGAAAUUCUAGAUGUACGAAUUGACACCAAUGCGAAGUCUACGCCACCUUGCUCGAAGCCAGUGUUGGAAAAAGGAAGCUCAAGAGAAAUCAGCAGGUCAGAUAGCGGUAUUGCAAGCCCUGCUUCAGAGUCCUCGGUGGCACCUUUAUCUAAGGCAGAUUCGGGCUACAGCUCAAGUGUUUCUCUGCGAUCACUUUCUUCGAAACCAUCGGCUCCCAAAAAAGAUCGCACCGUUGAAGCUACGAGCGACGCUGGUGUGAAGCAGAGCGAGCAUGCUGAAGAACCGGAUGCCACGAUACUUACCACUGCGACGGCCAACGUCAAAAUUUCUAGGUUAUCUAAUGAGCCAUCACCUCCACCUGUUCCUAUGAAAGAUUCCCAUCUUGCUGCUCUCGCAAGCCCGAAAGCGCCAAGCGAAUUAUCGCCACAGUCUCAACAGACCUCUAGAUUGACAGGCAUUUCGCAGCCUACGGGUGCGCCGGAGCGAGUCUUGUCACCACGCAAUCUUCGGAGUCGUCCUAGCCGCAGUAUCGAAACUCACCAGAUGCCUUCAGGUGGCCUACAUGUAUCUAGUCCUAGUCGAAGUAUCACUAGUGGAUUCCGCAAGCCAGGAAAGUUGCAAAGAUUUCUAAGUGGAAGCCGAGGACGGGCGCCACUCACAGUUCAUAAUACGCACCCUACCGGAUACACGCGUGUUCCUGCUGUCCCUAGAGAUAUGCAUGCGAGGCUUCAAACGCAUACAGGAUCGAGGGCAAUUUCGUUCAGGAAAUUAGCUCUAAGGUCUGCAGCUAGUAAGGAGACACUUGGGACAAUCUUGAGCGUUGGGAGUGCAGAGCUACUCCAAGAUGAAGACUUCUCCUCAAAGACUUUAGGCGGCCAGAUAAUGGCUUCGGAUCGAAACCAGAAGGCCCUUGUCUCUAUGGAAUCAAAGGCGGCGGGAAAUUUGUCUACUUUGUCGAAGUCAAUCCGUCGCAAGCCUGUGUCUAGCCAAAGCAACGAUAUCUCUCCCGAGUCAACUACGGCCAUCAAAACAUCGAUGGAAAAUAAUAUCGCCCAAGUCGUAUCAUCUCAGACGGCUAAUAGGGAUUAUAACGGCUCUACCAAUGCUAUGAUAGCGAGUGAGAACACGAGAUGCCCUACAUACGCCGUUCAGCAGCCUAUUUCAAAUGCUAUGACAAUCAGUAGGGAAGAGGAAUCGAGAACGAUAAAUUCCAAGGCUAGUUAUGAAUUUGCGCAAGGCAAAUCGCGUUCUGCAUCAACUCUUGAACCUCCGCCACCCGUACCUAGUUCUAGGUUCUCUAAAAGCCCUCCGCCCGUUAGCAUGAGAACUCGGAACAUGGGUUCUUUACGGGUUCCCUCCCCUGCAAGGUCAAAAUCAACUCCCCCCGAGAAUAUGGGCCGACCAAGGCUACCUCCUCAUUCACACAGGGGGAACCCGGAAGACAAAUUGAGAACUCCCGAGAUGAGCAAUACUUUUGCGGCCAACCGGAUGACAGCAUCCAGGAGGUCGAGUCGGGAGAAACUCCAGAUGGAUCAUGACCCUUCCCUUUCUCGGCGAUCAUCCGAUAUCAGCCGACGAAGUUCACUUUCCAGGCAGUCGAGUCAACGAAGCGCCGCAACUACCGGGCCAGCCUUCUUCGGGCAGCAGUACCAUUCGCAACCUGACCUGCCACUACACCGUCGGUCUAGUUAUGACGAAUAUAAUAUUCUGCCACAAAACAGCAGCGCGCGAGAUAACGGCCCUUACCCAUCGCUAUCUCGCAACGGACAAACAUAUGUUUCGAAUCCUUGGAGUGGUCGGUCGAUGUCAUUGCCACAGCAGUGGGACCAAGGUGUACAAUAUCCCCCCCAUCCUCCCCGCCACCAUAUCAGGCAUCGAAGCCUAGAUCAGUAUGGCAACCCUAUGCCCUAUCGGGUUCUCCAUUCCUACAACUCUCCUGCUUACCGUCAUUUACCAAUCUGGAGAUAAACUAUUGAUUCUGCUUCUUUUUCAAAGAUGAAUUGCAGAAAUAUCCUAUACUCCUGUAUUCAGACUUGAGACGUCUCUCAA